UGGCGACGUUCUGGUGUCCUGAAAUCUCCAGCCGGCAACUGCUAGCAAGGCUGUUUUAGUCUGUUGUAGAAGCCAAGCGCCGCUCUUCGCCGCGCCAGACAGCAUACUUAAGGGCACGCGCCAACUCUCUGUCGCAGAGGACCGCGACAACGCGUCUGGGCAGCUGCAGGCGCAAGAGGUCACGCUCAGGUUGCAAGGCUGUCGUCGUCGCAGCUCAUACUAGGCAUCGUGCACAGACAGAUACUUCUUUGUUCUUUAUGCGAGGUGGAUACGAGGAGGAAGUGCGAUACGACGUCUAGAAAUUCCUUGUCAGAGCUCCGACCUAUUCUCCUGCAGCGACAGCAACGUCUUUCGCUUGACCACCGUGACAGUUGGAUUUUUUUUUUAAUCACUAUGUAAGCCGUUUUAAACAGCAAAACAAACAACAAAGAAAUCCCCCAACAAAACAUACUAUUUUCUGACGACUUUAUGGGGGCGAACAUAAAAAUACAGUAAUGAUGCUGUGAGAAAUGAUUUCAUAAAGUAGAUAAUGUGGUAAUCAUGUCAAACUUCAAUUGGAGCCAAGAGAAAGCUGUUGAGUGAUUAAACGGCCACAAUUCUAAGUGAUCCCUGUGCUGGACCAUUUUUGAACCCGCAGAGUACUGACAUCGGAGAAUUUCACGACCUUCAGUCCGAAAUGCUGCAUCUCGACGUCCAUGCUCGUAAGCACUCGACGCACCACUAAAGGAGUGAAACAACGCUUUUAGUCGUUGUUCAUGCGUUUUGCUUAUUUGCUAAGUGUUUGCAGAACGCUGUUGCGUAAAAACAGUGUAUAAUCACCUCUACAAUACGAUCUGACUAAGAAGGUCAACAGUCGCUGCAUGUUCGAUGUUCCAUGUCACGAGCAACCACCUCCAGGCAUUGCCAGCACCUGUCACGUGACUUUGCUUGGGGGACAUCAGCAGUUGACGUCCGUCCACCACUCCACAAACCCACCACCACAAAGAUGAUGCCGUCCUUGUACAACAAGACUUACUUGUACUGCGUGGACACCGAGCUGGGCUGGGGCAACAGGACAUACUUCACCUUCUUCUCCGUCUUCAACCGCCCGCCCUACACUGGCGACGUGGAGGUCGCAGUGGAGGUAUUCUUUUUGCUUCUGUUCUUCCUCACCUCCACGCUGGCCAACCUUCUGCUGCUGUACACGCUGACCACCACACAGCAGUUUCGCAGCGUUAUGAACUACUUCAUUUGCAACCUGACCAUCGCCGACAUGUGCUUCACCCUCAGCUGCCCGUUUGUCGCCUACGUGCGAAUGACGGGAAUGUGGACGCUGGGCAACUUAGCUUGCAAAAUGAUUUUCUACGUGAGCUUUGUGUGCGGCUUCGUGACCAUCUGGACUCUGAGUCUCAUCAGCAUAGACCGCUACACGUGCAUCGUGCAUGGCAUUAAGUACCGCAUCUCGCCCACCCUCGCCGUUGUUCUCAUCAUCCUGGUGUGGCUCUUCACCGUGAUUACCUUCUCACCUCUGGCCAUCUACUUUGUGGUCAAGGAGUGCCCUUUCGGCCAAGACACGGUGUCCAUCUGCACCCUUGGCUGGCCCAAAACAGAGGGAUUCCCAUUCGUCAUUGGUUUCACUCUGUUGGUCGUUACAUCGGGAUUUGUUAUCCCCGUUGUUAUACUGAUAUUCAGUCACAUCUCCAUUGCCAUUAAAUUCAGAAAGGUACGAUCUGCUUGUUUGCAGUAUGGAUCUCGCAACCCGAGCACAACCACCACGACAAUCGCUCCUGUCGGCAAAAGCUUGACACCGACGGUUGACCUCGUUUCUCCGGUGCCGGUGGAGAAUAUCACCUUGAACUUGCGUAUGAGGAGGAACAAGCGUGACCUGCAGGUGGUUCAUACCCUCAUCUACCUUAUCGUCCUCUUUUUCGUCAUGUGGACGCCCAUCUUCGUCGUGUUCGUGCUUCUGACCAUGGACGGCGUGUCCGACUCCAUGCAGGUCACGACGCACUGCUUUCUCGGGGCCAUAUCCGUGGCCUACCUCAACGCAAUCGUCAACCCCUUGACCUACGGCCUGAGCUUGGAGACGUUGCGAGAGCAGAUAAAGACCAUCGUCUUCUGCAAGCGCUCCCCUGUUGUGCCAACCAGAUCCGUUGUGGAUGUAGCCAAUGGACCUGCUGCCAGUCCGGAGGUGAACUCACGGCCACGCGAGAAUAGACUGAAGUCGAGAGGGGCUGUCAGUUCGGUCACUUCAUUGACAUGAUGCUGGUGUAAAAUUGUAAACUUUUUUUCUCUUGUUCCUUCUUCUGUGAAUCACAUGAUUGUUGGUCAUGGCGAUAGUUAAUUUUGCACACGUCUGGUCUUCCGAGACUGGGUGUGAAAAAAGCAGCAACUGGAGGUACUGGAUAAUUGCGACAGAGUUUUAGCGGUAAGCUGAAAGUACACCCCUUUCUCCGACCUGACGCUUAGCUUUUGGCAUCUCAAUAAGCUACAAAGAUUCGGAACGUGGGUCCAGAUGGGUUCAAAAUACAAGAUUCGGGUCCAGAAAGUCAGCCAAACCUCACACCUUGGUGACGGUCCUGCUCGCAAAAGGUGGUGUAACUUUACAAUGCUUCAGAAUAGCAUCAGAGCACAAUGGCAAUGAAUGGGGAUGCUGUGACAUGUUUGAACUGUACAGUGGAAUAUUUAACAUGAUAGACAAAGGUGACAGUACAUGUAUGCAAGCUUUUAGAAUAAGGAUUUGUGAUCAGGUACAAGAUCUGACAUGGGCCUAUAAAUGUAUUCCAUGAG